AUGUCAAAUUUGGAAAGCAUGGGAUUGUAUAUAGAUGAAGAGGAGUUUGUUGGCACAACUUAUAGGUAUAAAGUUUAUCCUCCAAGGAAAAAGAUUGAUCAUUUUGUUACAUAUAACCCAGAAAAUGAUACUAUUUCAUGUAGCUGUAGAAAAUUUGAGUUUGUAGGGAUACUUUGUUCACAUGCAUUGAAGGUUCUUUGUUCAAAAAAUAUUCACAAGAUUCCAAACCAAUAUAUUCUACAAAGAUGGAAAAAGGAUGCGAAAGUUGAAAUUUGUCAACAACAUAAGCUGUCUACUCGACAAGUAGAUGAAAAAAUAUGUUCGAGGAUACGAUUUCAAGAAUUGGGUAAAUUAUUUACCCACUUUGCAGGAGUUGCAGCUCAAAGUGAAGAUACUUACAAAUGGGCUUUAGAUGUACACCAAAAGUCAUUAGCGGAAGUAGAAGCACGUCUAAAGAAAUUGAUAUGUGGAGAAGAGGAUGAUAAUGAGGAAGAGAGUUUAGAUUGUGAAGAAAAUGUUAAUGUAGAGCUGCAAUGUGAUACCUCAACAGUGAAAGGAAUAAAAAUGAGAGGCAGUAGUCAUGGGAGUAGGGGGCGUGGAAGAGGUAAUGGCUCCAAUAAUGGUUCUACUCGUUGCAAGAGUUCCUUAGAAAAAGGUCGUACUCGCAAAAAACAUUGCACAAACGAUCAGGUCAGCAAAACAACUUUUUCAGAAAUGAAUUAUACUCCUACUUCUGAGAGGCAAAUGGAUUAUAGCAUCCCAUUGUCAAAUAAUUACCCUAUAACACAUUUCAGUUAUACUACUCCUUUCUUCUACGAAGAUGUUGAUAGUGUUGACCUUGGCUCAGGAAGUUUAACUCAACUACUAAAUGAUGAUGAAUCACACGUUCCAUGA